AUGGGAACUUUUACAUUCAAGUGGCCUGGCAAUGCGAGUGAGGUGUUCGUUACAGGCACUUUCGAUGAUUGGGGUAAGACGGUGAAACUGGACCGGGUGGGCGACAUUUUUGUCAAGGAAGUCACUAUAUCGCCUAUACAAAAAGUCCACUACAAGUUUGUUGUCGACGGUAUUUGGACUACUGAUCCAAACAUACGUGAAGAAGAAGACGGGCAUAACAACGUCAACAACGUACUUCUACCAGAAGAGAUCAAUUCCGCCCCCACUAUGUCCGGCGUGACCCCUGAUUCUACAACCGCGGCUCUUGCUGCUAACGUUCCCAAGGAGCCCAAUGGAGAUUUACCUGGUACAUUCCCAGAGACUCCGGGACAGGAAUCCGAACAGACCUUGUCCGUGGAUCCUAUCCCAGCUUCGGGGGGUUAUGGCAACCCCGUCACCCUGAACCCGGGCGACAAAGUUCCUCAUCACAGCGCCAUCCAUAACAACACGGUUGACUCGACUGUCACUUUGGACAAAGAGUCAUAUGAGAAGGGUCAAACUCUCCCUAUUGACGGUCUCCAGAACAACGACGCUAAUACUGGCGCUUCCCCAUACGCUCUCCCCCCAAUCACAAACAACAUGAUUCCUGAAUCUAGUCUUCCGAUGGGUGGACCUGCGCAACGCGCGGCUAGUGAAACCGAGCCAACUUACACUGGAGGUCCGGCGCAGCAGGCAGCGUUGGCUGAUCCUGGAUACCAUAUCCAGUCCGCUGGCCCUGACUCGACCACAGCGGCACUAGCUGCCGCCGUACCGCUGGAGCCAAAGGGCAAGCAGACUAACGGCGACAAGCCCGUCGAUGAGGUUCCUCAGGUGGUGAAGGACUCGUUGGCCGAGGCCCACAAGGAACCCGAGGCUGCUGCGAACCAGAAAGCAGUCGACGAGAAGAAGGCUAUCGAGGAGGAAUUGCACAAGAAGGUCCAUGUUGAAGAGUCCGCGGGUGCUCCUGCGCCUACCGUCACUGCGGCCACCCAGCCCGUUGCCCCUCUCCUCACUGUUGGUGGGGUAGAUUCGGCGGAUGUAUCGCCACUCUCGACUCCUCCUCUCGGCCGCAAUUUUGCUGCUUCUGCCCCAACUUCGGAGCCUGCCCCAACUUCGGCGCCAAAGGCCACUGAGCCCACUGAGCCGACUGUCACAACUGGCCCCGAGACUACCUCUACUGCCGAAGUCUCGGCUCCCAAGACUGAACCCGCAGCUCCCACUGUAACGACUGGAGUUGAGUCUACUCAAGCACCUGCUACUUCGACCGCAGAGACCGCUGGUCCCACUGAGCCGACUGGAACUGAGUCUACCCAGGUACCUCCUGCUUCCUCCAAGUCCGCAGAGCAGCCUCGACAGUCUCACAGCACUGAAGGUGCUUCUAUUAAUGGCGAGAAGAAAAAGAAGCACCGCCUGAGCAGCUUUUUCGGCAAGCUCAAGGAGAAGCUUAAGUAG